AGGUAUCCUACAGUUAUCACCAACAUAAACAUGAAUCUAGCCAGCAAGACGCUUGCGCAACGUCUGCCUAGUAGUGUGUGUAGCACAUAUGCUGCUCGAUCAGAGCACGACAAUGUCCCUGUCUCAACUCUGAGCCACCGUAGGCUUGGACGACAUUCGCGAACAGAGCAGGCUCAGAGUUAG